AUGGAUCCUCUCAGCUUUACAGAUCCCUUUGCUUACGCUGAGUUCAUGAAAACGCAGGGAAAUCAUGACUUCAAAAAUGGGAACUAUUCUAUGGCCAUCAGAAAGUAUGACGAAGCAAUACGCUCGCUGGUUUGUUCUCAUCCAGAAGCACGGAUUUUUCACCGCCGAGACAUGGCAGUGUUGCUGUGUAACAGGUCCAACGCGUUUUACAAUCUAUAUAAAUGGGAUGAAGCUUUUUACUCUGCGCAAGAAAGUCUCCAGUUUGAUCCGACUUACGUUAAGGGCUACUACAGAGCUGGUUAUUCUCUGAUUCAAUUGUCGCGGCCUCUAGAUGCGGCUAGAAUUUUUUGUCAAGGUUUGAAGUUUCUCCUGAAUUCGUCGGAUGUGAUUCAAAUUUCAGAGUUUAUAGUGGGCAUCUUCUCAAGCGUUAACAAUGAAAGAAUGAUUACCCCAGAAAUUUUAUCUAUCACUAGAGGAAUUGUGAGAGAGAAUUUCAAGCGAUCAGUUUGGCAACAAGUGAUUGAAAAGUUGGUCAAGAGGGGACAAUGGCAGGCUUGUCUGUUGUUGGCAGCUGAAAAGGACAGGUUGCCAAAGGGUCUGCAAGUCCCCAAUUUAUCGUUGAAAGAUCUAUUUGACAAAUAUGUUCUCUUUGGCCUGUACGAGAGAAUGGAAAGGGUACCCAAACUGGUGGAGUGGCUGAUCUCCAUUGGAGCAAACAUAGAGAGUGUCGGCGCUUGCCCUCUUCAUGCGGUCAUCAAACUUUGCAUCAAAGCAAAAGGAAACCACCUUUUCAGAUGGCUGCUUGACCAUAAACCUGAACUGAACGCUCUUAUCAACCAGCAGAAUGAGGAUGGGUCCACUGUUCUUCACAUUGUAGCAUCCAACACCAGUGGCUAUUCUUCAAAAAAUCAAAUUGAAGAUGUGGUGAUGCUUCUGAAUGCCGGGGUGGAUCCAAGGAUCCGUGAUGUGCACUCAAAGUCGGCCAUGGAUAUCUUCAAAAAGAACAAGAAGUUUAGGCCCGUAGAAAUAAUCAACAAGUACAUGGAGAGAAAUGCCUUGUUUUCUGAGGAGUCGUCAGUUGCAGAGCAGGCUGAAGCCAAAGUCUCCCUGGCUGCUACUGCUACCUACCUGCAGGAUGCUUUUGAGCAGUUUGAGAACUUUUGCCGUUUGGAAAGCAGCGUGCGUGUCACCAACCUGCUGGAGCAUAAAGCAGUUCAGAGGCUUCUGAAUCAGCUGUCUACAGUCAGAGAAAUCCCUGAAGAGGUGGUCUGUGACAUUCCUCCUACAUGUGGAAGCAACUUGAUAAAGCGGUUGAUAAAGAAGAAGAACUGGCACGAGGUUCUGUUGCUGCUGACCCGAAAGGCCACGAAGGAGAUGACGUCAGGAGACGGUCCUAUUAAAAACUGCGACCUCUCGGAUCUUGACAUCGGCGCUAUCUUGAAUCAUGUUGACAAGAGUGAUGGGCGACGAGUACAGCUCAUAAGAUGCAUGAUAGAGAGAGGAGCAUCACCUGAUGGGACUGGACCCCUCCAUGAAAAACCACUUCAAAAAUGCUUGCAAAACCAUGAUUUCGAGUUGGCGUAUUUGCUGUUGAGCUCUCGCACAAAUCCUCGGGGUUUGUCUCUUACGGAAGGCGACACUCCUUUGCAUGCGGCAUUGUCCAUUUGCUUUGAACACGGAGAUGACAUUGGUUUGCAGUUCCUGAGCUACCUUUUAGAUUUGUUUGAUUCAGAUCAAUCCGCAUUUUCAUACCUUAGUCCUAAUGUCCAAGACAAGAAUGGAAAUACAGUAAUGCACAUUAUUUUUCAGAAAGGUGUGACAAAGCAAGUUAAGAAAAUGCUAAGCCUGCUAGCGAAGUUUCAUAUUAAGUUUAAUUUAAAAAAUACCUUGGGGAGAGAUGUGCGUUACAGGAAGAAAAAGAGUGAUCCAGUGGUUAUAGCUUGGAAUGAAGCCGUGGCUGAGAGCAAGAAGAAAUGUCGUCAUGAUGCAUUCGCGCAGGUAGCUCGGAAGUCAGCCGCAGCCGGCAACAAAUCCCAGCCAAAAAACACAAACCAUUCGUCAUCUGCACCGGUAUCAAAAAUACUGCGUGGAAAAUUGCCAUUGGAUAGAGAUCCUGAUUACCCUAAGUGGGAAGAGGCAGAAGGUGCUGGAGUGCAAAAUUUGACGUACAGAGAUGUUAAUAAGCCCUUGACACUACGAGAAGGUCUUGUGCAAGAAAUUGCAAAUUUGAUCCAGAAAUUGGCAUUGGGUGCAGUCUUGAUAAAAACGGAUUUUGUGACAUCUAAAGCACCAAAGCCAUCCAUGGCUACGAUCGAAGAUGAAAAGGGUGAGCAUCACAGCUUUAGACUUGAGGGGCUGGCUUAUAAUGUUUGUGCCAACGGUGGAGAUCCAGCAGGGAAGGCCUGUGCUGAGCUUAAUAAGACCAAAGAAGAAGAGGACAAAGCCGCUGAAGACGAUCAGCAAAUUCAGGAGAUUGAGGCGCACACUCAAGACUUCGAUAACAUGACAUGGGAAAUUGAAUGCACAUCUGAAAUGUUGAAGAAGUUGGGAAACAAGGGCACCCCUCAUUACAUAAAGAAGAAUAUAAUACAUGUGAUUCAACAGCUAGGAAAUGGAGAGUGGACACAUGGUGUCCAAAAGCGGCUGAAGCAUCUGAACACUGACAUUCAGCUCUACGAAGCAAAGUUGGACAAGGGGGGAAGGAUGCUCUGGGAGCUUGCAAUAGACUUUUCUCCCCGUUGCAGUGAGAAUGUGGAAACGAUCAUAGAGCACGAGCUUUCGGUUCAUCCUGCCGAAAAAACGGGGAGAGUUUACACCGAAAUCAUUCGACUAUGGGACAUUGUACUAGAUCACAACAAACUUGACCAUGCUAUAGAAACAAUAUGUAGUGCCUACAAGCGUGGGCUUUCAUGCAUCCUGAGAAAAAAACUGAAAGGUAUAAAUACAGCUGUCAUUUCAUCCAACUUGCAAAAGCGCAUUCCUCGGGUUUAUGUUGAAGACAGCAAGCCAGAAAAGUCGAAAGGUCGUGUCAUACCUGAAUACUUCCCCCCAGCUAGUGCAGUAGAAACCGAAUACAAUAUAAUGAAAUUUCAUAGUUUUAGUACUAACAUGGCACUCAACAUCAUAAAUGAUAUGACUUCUACUGUUGAAUACCCAUUCAGAGUUGGUGAAUUGGAGUAUGCCGUCAUUGAUUUGAACCCUAGGCCUUUGGAGCCAAUCAUCUUAAUUGGACGGAGUGGAACAGGAAAGACUACUUGCUGCUUAUAUAGGCUUUGGAAGAAAUUUCAUUCUUACUGGGAGAAAGUAGAGUGUGCAGGAGGUCCGUUGCUGGUCCGACAGGUGUGGCGCAGACUACAAUUUGAUAUGCAGUUGGGAAAUGCAGCGGCUGAGGAGGAAGAUCACAAUGGAAAAGAAGACAGCUGCAACUCUGAUUCUGCUGAACUGGAAACAGUUGAAAGUACAGACGACGAGCAACAACCAAGUGAAGAUGACCAAGAUUCUUCAGGGGAAAAUGAUCCAGAAAGAAACGGGGUGUAUGACUGUGAGGAAGAAGAGGGACAUGCUGCAAAAGAAUCUGAAAAACUGGAACAUUUGCAUCAGGUCUUUAUUACUAAAAAUCAUGUUCUUUGCCAAGAGGUCCAGAGGAACUUCACUGAGCUCAGUAAAUCUGCCAAGGCAACGGAUCAUUUCAAACCACUUGAGGCAAAUGUUUACCGACUUCAGGAUGUUAAAGAUGAAAAUUUCCCCCUCUUCCUCACAUCUAAACAAUGGUUUCUUUUGCUUGAUGCUUCAAUGCCGGACCCGUUUUUCCAUAGGAAUGAAGAUGGAAGCCUCAAGCGCUUCAUUACUGGCUGGUCCGCUAAAGACGAUUGUCUUAUCUCAAAUUGGCAAGAGGAGGACGAUGAUGUUGAUCUAGAAGUAGAUUAUGACGAGGAUGAAAAGGCUGCAGAAAUUCAUGCUAAAGAGCAUGAUCCUCGAGUCUAUGUGACAUAUGGCACAUUUGCUCAUGAAAUCUGGCCCAAAAUGGUAAAAGGCAAGUGUCCUUAUAACCCAGCAUUGGUUUGGAAAGAAAUAAAAUCAUUUUUGAAAGGAUCUAUUGAAGCAUUGUGCAGUCCCCAGGGCAUACUGACAGAAGAAGAAUACAAGAAACUUGGCCGGAAGAGGUCUCCAAACUUCAAAGAGGAUCGUAGUGAAAUUUAUCAACUUUUCUGUGUUUACCAGCAAAUAAAAUCACUAGGAGGUUAUUUUGAUGAGGAAGAUCUCUUGUACAACUUGUCUCAAAGACUGAUGAAGCUCAAUGACUUACCAUGGUGCAUCCAUGAACUUUACGGGGAUGAAAUUCAGGAUUUCACUCAGGCGGAGCUCGUGUUACUAAUGAAAUGUAUCGAUGACCCCAAUGCAAUGUUUCUGACUGGCGAUACAGCCCAGAGCAUCAUGAAAGGAGUGGCUUUCCGUUUCAGCGACCUGAGAUCGCUUUUCCAUUAUGCCAGUAAAAACUCUACUGUCAAGAAACAGCAUGUUGUAAGAAAACCAAAGAGGAUAUAUCAGCUUUAUCAGAACUACAGGUCUCAUUCAGGGAUUCUCCACUUGGCCUCUGGAGUUGUCGACUUGCUUCAGUACUAUUUCCCUGAAUCUUUUGAUCGUCUUCCUAGGGAUCUGGGUCUCUUUGAUGGGCCUAAGCCCACCGUGUUGGAAUCUUGUAGUGUUAGUGAUCUGGCAAUUCUGCUGAGAGGCAACAAAAGGAAAACACAGCCGAUAGAAUUUGGAGCGCAUCAGGUAAUACUGGUAGCGAAUGACGCGGCAAAGGAAAGGAUUCCUGAGGAACUUAGUUUGGCUCUUGUGCUGACCAUUUAUGAAGCGAAAGGCUUAGAAUUUGAUGAUGUGCUCCUCUACAACUUUUUCACAGAUUCGGAGGCUUACAAAGAAUGGAAAAUAGUUUCCUAUUUCAAUCCUUCAUGUCAUUUCUCUGAAGAAAACAAGCUAAUCAUUGAAAUACCCUUGGAAAAAGACACCGAACAUCAGGGCAAGCCUCAGGUUCUGAAUACAGAAAUGUACAAGAUGCUUAAUGGAGAGUUAAAGCAAUUAUAUACUGCUAUUACGAGAGCCAGGGUCAAUCUGUGGAUCUUUGAUGAAAACUGUGACAGGCGUGCACCGGCGUUUCAAUAUUUCAUCAAGCGAGAAUUUGUUCAGGUUGUCAAAACAGAUGAAAAUAAAGUCUUGGAUGAUAGCAUGUUUGUUAAAACAUCAACUCCAGAAGAAUGGAUUGCGCAAGGAGAAUAUUAUGCUAAACACCAGUGUUGGAAGGUGGCAGCCAAGUGCUUUCAAAAGGGGGGAGCAGUUGAAAAGGAAAAGCUGGCUUUGGCACACGAUGCUGUGCUUAAAGUGCAGUCGAAGAAAAGCAGUCCCAAAGAAAAGCAAAUGGAAUACAUGAAUCUAGCUAAAAUCUACCUGGAAUGUAGUGAACCAAACCUGGCUCUCAAAUGCUUGAUUCAUGCCAAAGAAUACCGGCUUUGUGCACAGCUCUGCGAAAAACUAGGAAAGGUGAAGGAUGCUGCAUAUUUCUAUAAAAGAGGCCAGUGCUACAAAGAUGCGUUCAGGUGUUUUGAACAGAUUCAAGAGUUUGAUCUAGCGCUUAAAAUGUGUUGCUAUGAAGAACGGUAUGAAGAAGCGGCCCAGUGUGUGAAAAGAUAUGAGAAAAUUUUAGGGAAAGGAAGGCAGCUGGCUUCAAAACUUUCAUACACAGCAAGCCAGUUUUAUCUAGAAGCUGCUGCCAAGUACUUGAGUGCAAACAGGGUCAGCGAGAUGAUGGCGGUGCUCUCCCACCUUGACUCCGAAGACCAGCUUGUGUUCUUGAAAGAUCACAAAUACUUCUCUGAAGCUGCAGACCUGCUGAAGAGGGAAGGCCGAGACGAAGAGGCAGCGAAGCUAAUGAAGCAACAUGGCUUCGUGUUGGAAGCAGCAGACCUCACUAACCAGAAAGAUUUCCGAGCAUCGUGUUUGCUCGCUGCCGCCCGCCUUAGCAUCGCGGGUGUUUGUAAGCUGCAGAACUUAAAAGCCAUCUUGGAAGAAGCCUUGGAGUUGUGCGAACAAACCAACCAAAGAUCUGGCAGCGCUGAGGCAACGUAUCUGCUGGGAAUUGAAGAGAAGGACUUCUGCAUGUUGAGGAAGGCCUUCCACAUGUUUUUGUGUGUGAAUCACCAUGCUGGUGCUGUUGAGGCGCUUUUUGGAGCAACUCAGUGUGAUGAAAAAAGUGAGAACAUCUUGAGAUUGGUUGCCUCGUAUGGCAUAGAAGCCAUUCUGAGUCUGGUCAAGGCUUUCCAGAAAGCAGCCACGAACGCUGAGAAAGAAAUGGUUAAGUCAUGUUUUGAUAACUUCGGCAUUGCACUAAUGGAUAAAGGUUUUUGCCAAGUGUCCCAGAACGAAGCUGGAUGUAUUUUGGAGUUUUUUCCUGAGUAUUCUACCCCCAGAGAGAAGAAAAGAAGUGACCAGUUUGUUGUCCGCCUGGAAGAAGUGAAAUCUGCUCUGAAUAAAUAUUUAUUGAAUAGGCUUGUUGCAAUUACUCACAGUUUAUUUGAACGGAGCUUCCCCAACCUUUGCAGGAAAUUCAUUGUUGGCUUGAAGUGUGAGGAUGAAAACUGUGACGACUUCCACAGAACGUUGUCACGCCAUGAGAUAAAAUCUAUAUUUCACUGUAAAAAGCAUUUGGCUACAAUAAACGGGCUACUGUUGGAAGCAAAGCGAGUGUUCCCAAAAGAUGUCUUUUGUGAACCUAAUGCCAUUGAUGAACUUUUGACAGCUGAUAAAUAUGCACUGUGUAAAUCCUUUAUAAGCGCCUUCUUUCCUAAACAUUUCCAUCUGAGAAUGGUGUCUGAAAACCCAGUGGCAUGCAAAGAGAUCCUGAGUCUUCACAGAACCUUAAAUCCUUGCAAAAUGGUGCUGAGGGAAUACAUCAGAUCGGAGUUGAAACAUGAGACGGCCCGAAACAGGAGAGAAUCAACUGAUCUGUGGUUGAGGGCCAUGCUGGUCUUCGCCUUGACUUCCAGUUACCCUGAUGAGUUUGAGAAGCUUGUUUUUAGAGAGGAAGACGAGUAUAACCGAGAAUUAAAGUUGCUUGCAGAGAGGGGAAGAGUGAGGCCGAAAGGAAUAGAAGGCAGGUAUGGCAUGCUGGUGCCGGACAAAUACGCAGCAAAUGCCGAAAGUACCCACUUGUGUUUCAUUCGACUCUUUCAGAGCUCUAUGGACCAGUUCUACGUUCACAGAAACGUUGAGGAGUGUAAAUUUCGUUUUUUCCGCUUCAUGAACGUCCUGGUUAGGAAAGGUGUCUAUCCUUUGAUUCCGAGCAUAGGAAACGCAGUGGCUUUACUAGAAUUUCAGUUUGUCUUAGGUUGUGCUGUCCUGAUGCGCCUCUGCAAAAACAUGACUCUUUGCCUUCCCAAGAGUUACAUUUCUCUCUUCCACUACUGGGAUUUUUUAUUCCGAAGAGAUCAUAACAAAGACUUCUCGUAUUCCAUUAUACAAGACUACAAACCCGAAGACACAAAGAAAGCCAUAUGGGGUUUUAAAAAACAUCUCAUGUAUUUAGCUAAUGUUCUGUGUAGAUAUGAAAACUUCAACGUACUAGUGGAUGCUUUUGGCGAUCCUGAUUAUAUCAUAUCGGGAGAAGCUGAGCGCACAGUGGUCCUCUGCUUAGUGAUGUUGAUAAAUGCUGACCAGGUGCUCAGCUGGAAAUACAAAAGUGUUUUAGUGGAACACUUUCCCACCAUCAAGGAAAGCCUCCUGGAACUGAAAAAGGACCACCCUUCCAAAGUGCCUGAAAGAUUGCUUAGGAUUGUGAGCCUGAUGAGUGAAGCUUCGGAGGUUAAAGAAGUGGUAGAAGGCCUAAAGGAGCUCUUGUUUUGCCGAGACGAGGAGUUUUUAGCUGACUGUCGCUGGAGGUGGGAUCCCAGAGGGACGAGGGGCAUCUAUUACGAGGUUGCAGACUUGGACAGGUUUGCGUAUCUCAGUCAGGCAGAUGCUUUUGAAGAGCCGGAAAUGGACUUGGAAAAAGACAUCUAUGUAGAAGAGAGGAAGGACCCGUUGGCUAACAUUGCAUCCAUAAGGCAGCAGAAGCAACAGCAGAAAGCCUCCGCCAAGCGGAAGUUGAAGUGCUUCUUCCUGUUUGUUCGCUGUUGCAUUAGAUGGAAAAGGGUUUCCAUCUCAAAGCCAGAGUCCUUGGAAACGCCACUGGGAGUCUUUAAAAAAGCAGAUAUUGACGGAACGCAGUGUGAUCUCUGUGGAGUGAAAUUUCUCCAGAGUCCUGACAAAUUCCUUACUCCGAGAGAAGAUUCUGAGAAGGAACCUACCGAAGCAACAAGGCCAAUGGAGGGUGACUGGGAAGAGAAUGUGGAAAGAAAUGAAAACUUUACUGCUGGUGAAACUUUUGAGAGUCAUAUAAUCCUAGAUGAGCAUAAAAAUAAACGUGCUUCUUAUCAAAGAUACUAUGAUUUUUUCAAAGAGGAGGUGGAUCCAGUAAUACGUGAUGGAAUGGGUGUGGUGGAAAGCAUUGAAGAAAAUACAUGCAUCAGAGGCCAUUUGGAACACUCUAAACUAAAGAAAAGAAAAAUCCAAGAAGCUAUUAAGAAGAUUUUGGAUACAGUAGAAGACAUCUACAAAAGAAAAGCAUGGUCUGAUGCUGAAGAAACUAUGUCCAAGUUGGCUAGGAAUUUAGGCACUAACCUAGACGACGCUCGCAAAUGGCUGAAGAAAGCAGAGGCCAGCCUACUACAGGAGGAGGAGUUUGACCAUGACAAAGACUUGGACAAUGAAGUCAAAGGUGAGGAGAUCAACUUUGAAGAACUACACCACAGGAAGCUCUCAAGAAAACACAAAAAACGACAAAGAAGAUAA